UUCGUUUUUGAAGACCACACAAGUUCAGACAGAAACUCAAAUGUUGUUCAAUUGACACUUUAUCUCGUUUUAUUUUACCAACGUCUACUGUCGGUCUGGCACAUCGUUUUUUGAUCUUACGUGAGUUGUGACACAACCCCCAUUCCCAUGGCCUCUGCCCUGAGCCAUCUCUCUCCAAUGUCUGGAAUAGAGCGAGAAGGAUGGAGUGAUGGAGGAGGAGAGGACCGGGUGGAGGAUGAGUUUGCGUGUUCCGGCGCGCUACGCGGAGCCCUACUGUCCUUCCACCCCUCCCUGGAGAGGAUAUUUGGGGUGACCUUUAUGAUCGGGAGAGAGGAGGAUGCUGUGUUGCCACAUGAUGGACAGAUCUGGCUUAAACUAAGAGGAGGAAGGAAUGACGUUGUGGCUGCCAAGUUGUUUGUUAAGGGAGUUGUGAACCAGGAGGCCCCGCAGGAAGUUCCGUAUCCAGGGGUCCUUCACUGUGUGUUCUGUGGAGCACGGGGGCUAUUCAUGGACUGCCUGAUCAGAAACACCUCUGCUCGCAUAGUGGUGGUUUCCCCAGGCCUCCUGCUCAUCUCAGGUCUGGCAGAACCAGUGGUCAGGGCCUACUCCCUGAUCACAGACCUUGUGGAGCGCUCCGAGGGCACCAAGGGACGACUCAGCGAGCCUAGGGACAGGGCAGCAGGUGAGACCCUGGAUUCUCGUCGGGCCUUCAAGUCCCUGGUGGAGAGAUGGGAUGACAGGCACACUCUGGACCUGCUAGUGCUACCGGGAGCCGUGAAGGAGACUUUACUGGAUCUGGUGAGGGAAUCUGGGCUGGGAUCUAACCCUGGUCCCGUUGGCUUGAACCCGGGUCAUGGGGGUUCAAACCCAGGUCAUGGGUGUUUAAAUCCUGGUCCAGGGCUGGGCCCAAACCCCAUUCCAGGGCUGGGCUUGAACCUUGGUCUUGGGGGGUCUAGACACAGAGUGGGUCUAAUGGACACUGAUACACAGAGACUAUGGGACAGCCAAUUCGAAUUAGAGGCACUAACACUUCUGGAUACCAGAAUAGGGACCAGAGCUGGAGAGGCAAGGGACAUACAGGAAGUACAGGGGAUUUCAAUGACCAAAUCAACGACCAAACCUUCCGAACAUUCCUUCCACAACCAAGACCCUGGUCUACAGAAUAUUGGACUGUUUUCUCAACAGACGUUCACUACCGCAACUGUCAAAGUUACAGAGGGAAGCAGAUAUGGGACACAAGGAGGGAUAGGGAUUGGGAACGUAGCAGCCCCCCGAGAUCCCAUCUUCCACUCUUUCCCCCAAAACGAAGACAUUCGUGGUCGAGCCGAGGGGUCGGAGGGGGCAAAAGAGGUACAAGGGCAUUCCCCACAGGAGGUAAAGGAGGAGGGACACCUGGAAGAGGAGGGGGAGAUAGAGACAGAGGAGGGAGAAGGGAACAUGUUGUCAGUAGGGAGCAAGGAGGAGUUUGGCCUGCUUCUGAAGUUCUUCACGGCUAUGGGCUAUGCGGAAGAUGUGGUACUGAGGGUCCUAGCCCAGACCAGACCCAGAGAAGCUUCCCAGAUCCUGGACCUGGUGCAACAAGAGCAGGACCGGACCAGACAGGCCAUGAACAGCCUUGUGGAGCUAGCGCAUAGAGAGGUGGAGGAGAGGGGAAGCGAGGGGGAGGAGAGCGGAGGUGAAGAAGUGAGAGGAAAGAGAAGCGGUAUAGAUAAAAGAGUGGAGAUGGAGGGAGGCGUGGGAGAAGGGGUGAGGGCUAGAGAAGAGCAAAGAGAGGAGAAGGGAAGAGGGGGGGAGAGUGCAGGAUUGUCUGAUGAUUUGUCCAAGGAUUCAACAGAGAGCGAUGAAGGGAACAGUAAGGGAGGAGAGGUGGGGAACGAGGAGGAUUUUGUACUGGGGGUGCUGAAGAGGGCUGCGGCCAACUGUGGGUACACAGAGGAGAAGGUAACAGAAGUAUACAGUAUGUUACCUGAACUGUCCAUACGUCAGCUACUCCUGGAGCUACAGAGAGAGGGCACCAGAGAGACAGAAGCCAAAUCCCAGGACAGGGUACAUGACGAACCAAGAGAGGUGAAUGAGGUUGUCUCAGAUGUACGGAAAAAGAAGUGCAGAAAAGAGGAAACGGAGAAGGAGAGGGGUAAAGAGAGGAAGGCACCGGCACAACCAUUCACAACUACUGAAAACCGAGGAGUAGAAAGGAAGAGUGCCAAAGGAAUGAGUGAAAGGAAGACAGAUGAGGAAGGAGGAGUGAAGGUGCCAAACCGAACCGUUGAUGGCCCAGUUAGGGUUGAACCGGAUCUGGCUCAGUGGAAUGCUGUGAUGAACCAUGUUCCGUUCCCGACUCAUGGUCUUCAGAAGAACCCCACACAGACACGACAGCAACCCGGCCAGACACACCCCCCCCGUCGAGCCAGCCCCCCUUUAGUCAGAGGGCCUCAGCCCACCUACCCCAUCACACUACCUCCACAACCCACCAACCUUCCCUUAUUUCCCCAUCAACUCGUUUACCCUCUCACCCAGCCACACCAGACCACCUUAGACUCCACCCUCACAGUGAAUAACUCCUCAGCAACCAGAGUGAAGGAGAAUCUGGGUUUCCUUACCCUAGCAACAGAGGUUCCAGAAAGAAAGGGUCUCCCUGCCCCGGCUGUUGACAGAUGGGGUCUCCCGCCCAUGGCAGCAGGGUCUUUAGUGACCGGGCAGCAGCGCUUCCUGGAAGGACUACAGACGCCAUUUGACCUCAAGCUGACUGACCAACCAGGAGACCCAGGGCUCAGGAUGGUGGUCAUCGACGGGAGCAAUGUUGCCAUGAGUCACGGUCUGGGUAAUUUCUUCUCGUGUCGAGGAAUCGCCCUGGCCGUGCAACACUUCUGGAACCGCGGCCAUCGCAGAAUCAGCACCUUCCUGCCCCAGUGGAGGCAGAAGAGAGACCCCCGGGUCAAAGAGCAGCACUACCUUACUGAGCUCCAGAACCUGGGUCUCCUCUCCUACACCCCCUCCAGAGAGGUCCAGGGGAAGAGGAUCAACUCAUACGAUGACAGGUUCAUGCUGCAGCUGGCCCAGAAGACGGAUGGCGUGAUCGUGACAAAUGACAACCUUCGAGACCUGCUGGAUGAGUCCCAUGAAUGGAGAGACAUCAUCAAGAAAAGACUCCUCCAGUACACGUUUGUAGGUGAUCACUUCAUGGUGCCUGAUGACCCACUGGGCCGAGAAGGACCCCAUCUGGAUGACUUCCUACGCUCACUGCACAGGACUCCUGUCUCAGGCAGUCACUCAUUUGCGGGCACUGCCUCCGCCCCCUUCCCCCAAGCUCCCAGGGCCCAGACAGAGGUCCUGAAGUUCAGGGACAGAACACCUGGUGUAGCUGUAGAGCCAGAGUCCCGCCAGGCCCGCGGCAGAGGGAAAAGGAAGGGGCAGGCUAAGGCUGGACACGGUAGCCCUGGAAUGGACCUUGUUCCAGGGAUGGGCCUUGGCCUGGAUAUGGAGAGGAGUGCAGCAGAGACCUCCAGACUUAGGGAGAGCUUAUCCCAGGUGUUCCCAGGUCAAGACAGCGUUGUUACUCUGGUGCUGCAGUGUAACCCUACAGUGACUGACAUCAAUUCACUGUCCCACUUUAUGCUGCAGCAACAGAUAGAGAGUGAGCAUGGGGGUGUAGACUGAGUGAUGGGGGGAUGACGUGUGUGUGUGUGUGUGUGUGUGUGUGUGUGUGUGUGUGUGUGUGUGUGUGUGUGUGUGUGUGUGUGUGUGUGUGUGUGUGUGUGUGUGUGUGUGUGUGUGUGUGUGUGUGUGUGUGUGUGUGUGUGUGUGCGUUGUGCGCGUGUGCGUGCGUGUGUUUGAGGUGGUAUUCCAGAAAAAUAAGACAAAUGUUCGAAUACCAAUAACUUUCUUUCUUCCUUUCUAUUCAGUCUCGUCCAUCGUGUGCAUAUUGAUGUAUUAAUGUAUAUUAUUUAAGUGUUUGAAUGAUAGGUUUAGUUAAAAGACAGACAGAUCUUCAAAUUAUGUUUCUUAAUAGAUUUUUAUCCAGUUAAUGCUGGAAACAGGACUUAAAUACUGCAAAACAAUUUUUAAAACAUAUUUCGUACCCUUACAUUUUUAUUUUAUUUUUUGUAUCACUUCUGGCCACUUUUGGAUUUUGUGUUAGGGAUGAGUAGUGUUGCUGAAUUCAGUGUACAAUGUUAUCUAUUGAACAUGACAUUACAGCAUGGAAUUAUUAAGUUGAUGAUGCUCAACUUCCAAUGAAUAAUUUCAAACUCAGAAGUGUCGUACUUCAAUAGUAUAACUUUGUUAAUGUUAUUACAUGAACUGUAGUUUAAAGAGUAAGACAAUUGUUUAUUUUUAUACUGUGUAUUCAUACCAUAAAUGCCGUUUGAAAUAGGAAUAAUAUUAUUGUAAGAAGAGUUAGAAAAUGCAUAUAAACCAUAAUAAGAAUUAACAAAUUGAACAAUCAUUAGUUGUUAAUAUUGAAAAAAUAUAAUCAAUUAAAUCUCAUUAAUCAAUCAAUGAAUUAACCAAUUACACAUGUUCUCCUUGUGGGGACUGUUACAUUGAAUGUAACCCACAGAAUGUAAAUUCAAACACACGUUUGUCAUGUUAAGACAGUUGUUUACACUUAGAAAUAACAAGAAAAGUAAGUACAUUGAAUCAAAAACAUGGAAGGUGUUCUACAGGGGUUGUUUCUUGGUCCUGUACUUUUUACUGUUUACAUUAACAAAAUUGACUUGUCUGUAAAAAAAUUGUGACCUGCACUUGUAUGCCUAAAGUACUGUUGUUUAUGCUAUUGUUAACCAAGCACGGUUGACCAAGCUCUGUCUGAGCUACAGUCUGCCUUCAUUGUAUUACAGAAAAACUUUAUUGACCUGAAAUUAGUAUUGAAUACAGGUAAAAGUAUAUGUAGGUCUCUAGAGCACAUAAACAUAGCUCUGUGUUAAGCAUAUGUACUUUGGAUGGUGUCAGCAUUGAUUGUGUCCCUGCUUCUAAGUAUCUGUAUAGCUGAAAAGCUGUCUUUUAAAAAGCAUAUUCAUGAGUUAGUUAAGCUGAGAAUAAAAAUGAGCUUCUUCUAUAGAAAUAGGUCCUGUCUCUCGAUAAAUAGAGGACCUGGGGUGGCAGGGUAGCCUAGUGGUCAGAGCGUUGGACUAGUAACUGAAAGGUUUCAUGUUCAAAUCCCCGAGCUGACAAGGUACAAAUCUGUCGUUCUGCCCCUGAACAGGCAGUUAACCCACUGUUCUUAGGCUGUCAUUGAAAGUAAGAAUUUGUUCUUAACUGACUUGCCAAGUUAAAUAAAGGUUCAAAAGAGCAGAUUAUUCCUAGACUACGGCAACAUCAUCUAUAUGAAAGCAGCUGCUACUUCAUUAAAGCCAUUAGAUGCCGUUUAUCAAAGCUCAUUGCGCUUUGUUACGUGCGACAAUUGUAAUGCUCAUCACUCUGCCUUCUCUACCAGAAAGUUGUUUGGCCCUUUUUGAUACAUUGCUUUGUUUUCAUUUAUAAAGCACUUUUACAAAAAGUCCCACUUUACCUAACGUCAUUACUGAACCUUUGACAUACGAGAUACCACACCUGGCCUUAGGGAUGGUUAACUCUGGGAAUGUAUUUGUUCUCAACUGAGUUAGGUAAAUCAGCUUUUAGUUUUCAUGCACCUUAUUUGUGGAACGAUCUUCAAAAUGUUCUUAAAUGUGUUGUUUUGGUGCCUCUGUGGCAAUUCAGAAAGCUGAUUUUAGGACCUUAUUACUGAUGAAUGUGUUAUUUGUUUUAUGACCGUGUAGUUUCUUUCCUUCUGCUUGCAUUUCGUAUUUAUAUUGAUGUGUGUAUUUUCUGUAAUUUAUGUAAUUCAGGGCUCAUAAAAGAAAGGUUAAAUAAAUGAAUAAAUGGUGAAA